UUUGGCGUCUUGCAUCACAUGAGUCCGUCCAUACGAGUCCUGAAGCGGCGGAAGAGGCAUGAUUUUCCAAGCGCAGGCUGUUCUUUCACCGCCUAUAGACAGACACACGCAAGACUAGCGAACAAACGACCAAAUUUAGUCGUUUUUCCUUAUUUUCGAACGCAUUUUGCUAGUUUCCCGCAGUAUAAACUUACCUAUUAGCUUUAGCCAGGUAGCUUGUAUCUGGAAAUUGGAGCAGUAUGAUCAGCCUGGCAGUGGAUUAAUCGGCCUGUUUCAACAAAGAUCCAUUUUUUUCUCUUGUGAAACCGCGAUGUCACAUACUGUAGUAAAGAUAGCCUUUUGUUUUUGUGAUUCCAAAGGCAGAGCCGUGUAAAGUUGCUGCAGGUUUAUAAAGCUGAACAAAAUCCAGGAAAACUGGAGAUCACAGCCAGGAAAUCUGUUGAAGAGAGCAGACUAAAGCCAUUUCUGCCUUCAAACUCGUCAGUUUAGACCAAAUCAAGACCGAACAAAGAGGACAUCCAACCAAAGCCGUUUGAUUUCAUCUACAGAAAGAGAAUAAAGCACAAAAACAGGCUGAUAUGAUGUUUCCACAAGCCAGGCACUCGGCUUCGUCUCAAUCGACACAGCCGCUCAAAUUCACCACGUCUGACUCUUGUGAUCGCAUCAAAGAUGAGUUUCAGUUCCUGCAGGCACAAUAUCACAGCCUGAAGUUGGAAUGUGAUAAACUGGCGAGUGAGAAAUCUGAAAUGCAGCGUCAUUACAUAAUGUAUUAUGAGAUGUCAUACGGACUCAACAUUGAAAUGCACAAGCAGGCGGAGAUUGUGAAGAGAUUGAACGGAAUCUGUGCUCAGGUGUUGCCUUACCUGUCUCAAGAGCACCAGCAGCAGGUCCUGGGGGCGAUUGAGCGAGCCAAACAGGUUACCCCUCCUGAGAUGAACUCAAUUAUCCGGCAGCAGCUUCAGGUUCACCAGCUCUCUCAGCUCCAGGGUUUGGCUUUACCCAUGACCCCUCUGCCCCUGGGCUUGACUCCACCCACCCUGCCCGCCGUCACCUCCAGCUCCGGCCUCCUGUCUCUGUCCAGCAUCCUCGCGUCUCACGCACACCUGGCCAAGGAGGACAAGAGUUCCCGUGACGGGGCCGACGGCCACCGUGAUGAAGAUGCCGACAAAUCCGACUAGCCUUCAUAGAGACGCUUUGAUUCUGUCAUGAGUUCUGUAAAGAGGGACGGAGCACAGAAAGAGAGCGGAAAACUACUUCUCUGUCUCACUGGUUUGGGUCUGAUUCAUUCUCUCUUUACUACAGCGAAUCUUUAUUCUGUAAUUCUGUUUGAUUCAUUUACUUCUAAUUAGUGGUGUUUGCUAAGGCUCUAUUACUAUUGCUCAUACUCGGGGAUAGUGAUUUAAACAAACCCUUAUCCCUAAGUAUUAAACUUUAGCAUGUAACAUUCCUCAAAUCGUGUGUCUUUUUGAGGAGAGCUGUAUUAUUACUGUAAGUAAGUUUUGAUUUUUCCUGGCAGACAAUAAAAUGGGUGAAAAUCCCAUAGAUACUGACUGAGAGACCCAAACUAUAUCCUAUGAAACCUGAAUAUAAUAGAGGCUUCUAUGAGUCACUCAAAAUGCCCUGGCAGUGCUGUAGUAACACCCUAGUAACUGCAUACUUGCCCUGGCAACCAGCCCAAACACACAUGCGCAAGCAACCACACAGAAAAACUCAGCAACAGCCUAGUAACCAAUCAAAAUGCCCUUGAGUUUGCAUGAUAAUGCACAAACAACCAUUCAGAACUUUUCAGCAGCAACACCAUGGCGACCACCCAGUUACACCCCAGUAACAACCAGUCUAAACACAUAUGCUCAAACAACCACUUAAAGCAACUUAGAAGUUGCACAACAAUGACCUAGGAACCAAUCAGAAUGCCCUAGUAUUUGCAUAUUAAUGCAUUAACAACUCUUCGGAACAGUGUAGCAACCACAUAGCAACACCCUAGCAACUCCAUAACUCCCCUGGCAACUACGCCAAACACGUAUGUGCAAACAACCACUCAGAACAACUUUGCAACCACAUAACAACAGCCUAGCAACCAAUCAGAAUGCCCUAGAACAUAGAACCAUUCAAAACACCAUGGCAACCACCCAGUGAUACCCUAGCAAAUGCAUAACUGCCCUGGCAACUAUUCUUAACACAUGCAUAACCAUUUAAAACAACUUAGCAGUUGCACAGCAACAGCCUAACAACCAAUCAAAAUGCCCUUUGCAUUAGGAUUUCCAUAUCAAUGCUUUAAGAACUCUUCAGACACCGUACCAACUACCCCAAACACACAUGUGCAAACAACUGCUUAAAACAACUUGGCAGUUGCAAGCACCUGGUAACACCCUAGCAACUGAAGCAACAAUAAUUGGCCUGGCAAGAAACUCAGCCACUCAGAACCGUUUAGAAACUGCAUAGCAACAGCCCAGCAACCAAUCAAAUUGCCCUUGAGUUUGCGUAGUAAUGCACAAACAACCAUUCAAAACAUUUCAGCAGCAACACCAUGGCGCCACCCAAAAACACCCUAGCAAUUGCAUAGCUGCCCUGGCAACCAAAUUGGCAAUUGCAAUCUAACAACCAAUCAAAAUGCCCUAGUAUUUGCAUAUCAAUGCAUUAACGUCUCUUCAGAACACCGUAGCAACCCCAUAGCAACACCCUAGCAACUGCAUAACUGCCCUGGCAACUAUGCCAAACACAUAUGUGCAAACAACUGCUUAGAACAACUUAGCAGUUGCAGAGCAACAGACUAGCAACCACCCAGAUAUUUCUAGUUGAACAGCAUCUUGAAACUACACAGUAACGCCUUGGCAACCACCCCGAAUUGCCUAGCAAGCACCUGGUAACACCCUAGCAACAGCAGCAACAAUACUUGGCCUGGAAAGAACCUCAGCCACUCAGAACAGUAUAGAAACCACAUAGCAACAGCCCAGCAAUCAAUCAAAAUGCCCUGGAGUUUGCAUAGUAACAACAAUUCAGCAGCAACACCUUGGCGACAAACCAGUAACACCCUAGCAACCAUUCUAAACACACAUGCACAACCACUUAAAACAAACCGCCAAUUGCACAGAACAACCUAGCAACCAAUCAAAAUGCCCUAGCAUUUGCAUAUCAAUACAUUAACAACUCUUUAGAACAUUGUAGCAACCACAUAGCAACACCCUAGCAACUGGCAAAUACCCCAAACACAUGUACCUCCCAGAACACUUUAGUAGUGGCACAGCAUCUUAAAACCACAUAGCAACGCCUUAGCAACCACCCGGAAUGACCUAGCAAGCACCUGUUGACACCCUAGCAACUGCAUAUCCACCCUGGCAACCACCUAGAGCAACUCGAAAAUGGCAAUGGCCUAACAACCCAUUGAAACGCCCUAAUAUUUGCAUAGCAGGUGCACUAACAACCAUUAAAACAUUGUAGCAACUGCAGAGCAACACCUUGGCAACUACUCAGAACACUCUAUUAGUGUUAACACCCAAGCAGCCAUGUCAAUGGCAGCCUUUUGUGUGUGUUUGGUUAGUGAAGCACCUCAGUUGACCAGCGUUUGGUUUGCUGAUCUGUUACCUAAAAAGACGAGACUCUAUUUUACCUAAAAUGCAGUUCCUUAGAAGGGUAAAAAUGCCUUAAGAUGGAUUGAAGUGACAAAACAAAGAGAUAUUCUCUAUUCAGACCCACAUCCUAAUAGUUUGUGUAAAAGGCGGUUUUGUUUUUCUGUCGUCCUGUUUUGCAGUGAAUGCGGUUCUAUGUGUGACCAGCAGGUGGCAGCCAAUGAGUGUGUUGAAUGAUUUGUGAAGCUGUAAUAGGAUAUUUGAAAUGGCAUACUAUCAUACUACUACUAUUACUAGUGCUACAGCAGUGCUUCUCAAUAGAUUUCAGUCUUGAAUCUUGAUUUUUAUGUGUUUUUAGCAUUUUAGUUGAGAUUGAAGUUCAGUUAUUUUAAUAAUUAAAUUAAAUAAUAAUUAAAUGUAUUAUUAAUGACUACAAUGUUUUAAAUAAUACUAAAACGUUUCAAAAUCAAGAUUUAAGACUUAAUAUCUAAGAAAUACAAUAAAAUUAAAAAUACAAUAUUUUUUGAACUGUCAUUUUGUUUGAAGAAUCAGUAACACUUAGGUCUCACAAUAUGGUGUCACUGGUUAACAUUAGUUAAUGUAUUAACUAGCAUGAACAAACAAUGAACAGUGCAUUUAUUAAUCUUUGUUAAUGUCAAAUAAAAACAAUACAUUAAUGUUAACAAACAUUGAUUUUAAUAAUAGAUUAGUAAAAGCUGAAAUUAACAUUAAGUAAGAUUAAUAAAUGCUGUAGUAUUGUUCAUUCUUAGUUAAUGUUAACUAAAGUAAUUAUCUAAUGUUAACUAAUAAACCCUAUUGUGAAGUGUUACCAAAGAAACAUACAGUUCUUGAAAUUUCUGAAAUCAUAGAAUGAAUUGUGCUUCAUUCAUUUAGUAUAUCAAUACUCACAGUUUUAUCGCUUUAUCAUCAUUUUCAAUUGAUUUGUGGAAUAACCUUUUUUUUGGAUGCCGCUUGCUGAGUUAAACCUGCAAAAGUAAUGCUGUCGUCCCAAUGUAGCAUACAGUACAUACUGCACAGUUAGUAGUAUUGUAGUAUUCCAGGCUGUUCAAAACACAAGACUACCUAAGGCUGUACGUAUGUACUGGUGCAUUGUGGGUAUUUCCUGAUUGUGUGUUCCUUUGCAUUUUUUGUUUUUUUUGGUACACCAGUGCUGAUGUAUACUAAGAAAUGCUCAGCACUGAGGUCUGGAUUAGCUAUUAUAAUCUCUAAAUGAAGUUUUCUGAUUUUUGUUCUUUAGAUAUUUUUUCCAGUUGAUUUUGCUUGAUCUCAAAAACUGAUGGCCAAUUUAUAUACAUGUAUAAAUAUAUCAGUAAGCAUUUAAUUUUGUAAACACUUUGUAUGUAAAAAAAGCUGUUUAUGGUGUGUGUGGCCCGGAGGACAUUUAGCGCAGGUUAUACAGAAAUCUAUAAUCAUUUAAUAGUCAAGUCAAACAUUUCUGCUCUGAUUCGUUUAGAUGUGCGUAGCACUGGCUGGUCUCGACUAGUUCUAGAUGCUAAAGAUAAAUGAUUUGUUCAGCGGUUCUGACUGGUCUCGACGCAUUUGUUAUUUAAAGCGUUACGUAAACCCAGCCGCCCUCUUCUGACAGUUCUCAUCUGAUAUUUGCCACAUUUUGGAGCUUUGUAGUAGUUUUUUAAAAUGUGCGUGUGUGUUGUAUGUGACAUGAUGUACUUGAUGGAAAUGUAUGUUGUUUGUGUUGAUAAACUGCUAUUAUAACUUCAUUUAAAGACGAUUGUUGGAAGAAAAAAAGGUUAAACAUUUACUAUGAAUGAGAGAUUGAGCAGUAAGGAAGUAUUUAUGGUGCCUUACAAAUAAAAGAUUCAUUGGACCUUUA